CAGGAAGUAAUUUGCAAACCACCACUAAACACGACAAAGACACACUCUGCCCGAUUAUAACAGGAUUUAAAAAAUGGGAGUGAGAGGUCUGCAGCAGUUUGUUGACCGCUGCUGUCCAGAGGCCUGUGUGGCUGUGGACCUGAGAGACAUGGCCAGACAGCAUGCUGCAAGAACCACAGACCACACCACCAGUCCUACACUCGUUGUGGAUGGUAUGGCCUGCCUUCGCCACUGGUACUCAUGUAAGGACUGGGUGUGUGGGGGGCAGUGGAGGGAGUACAUGGAGUCAUUGAAGAGCUGGGUGGAGAGCUUCACUUCAGCAGGCAUUAGACUGGUCUUCUUCUUCGAUGGGGUGAUUGAAGAGAAAAAGAGAAGGGAGUGGGUGAAGAGGAGACACAGAGUAAACAGGGAGGUGUGUAAAGUGUUUCAUCACAUUAAGACACGUGGUCAGCAGCCCGGCAGAGAUCUCUUCAUUCUUCCCUCUGGCCUGGCAACAUUCACACCUUUUGCCCUCAGGUCGUUAGGUCAGGAAGUGUUUUGCACAGUGCAGGAGGCUGACUUUGAGAUCGCCAGAUAUGCCCGUCGUCAUGGCAGCAUGGGCAUUUUGGGACAGGACUCAGACUUCAUCAUAUAUGACAGUGCUCCUUACUUGUCGAUGGCAAAGCUGCAGAUAGAUAGCCUCACCACUGUCCUGUAUGACCGACAGAGGCUCUGCCGAUCCAUUGGACUGUCUCUUAACCAGCUACCUCUACUGGCCUGUCUCCUAGGAAAUGACGUGGUGUCAGAGGAACGGAUGCAGCACAUUAGGAACAAUGCCAUGGCAACAUACAGAAAAAUGUAUCCCGCACCGCUCUCUGGAUCUCAGCAGGGGCAGAUGGUGCUAUCUGUAUCCCAGUUUGUGAGCUCUUUGUUGGGCCAGGAGGAGGAAGGGACCAGGCUUAUCCCUCAGUCUUUGAACUUGUCAGAUCCAGACAGAGAGCUCCUGGAGAGGGGUGUUUGCUCCUACCUACUGCCUGGACAGCAAGCUCUUCAGUUGGGUGACAGUUUUCCCUCUGGCUCUGCUUUUGAGAAAUAUGUCAGUCCAGAAAUACUAAAGGCAUGUAGAGAGAAGCACAUAGCAACAGAGGGUUUCAUGGUUUACAAUGUUUUGUGUGAGGGAGUGGUUGAAUGUAGCAAUAGUGUGGAGGAUGAAGAGGACAAUGAACUGCUGCCUCAGGCCCUGGUCUACAAGUCCUGCAGACAACACAUCUACAGUCUGCUGCUGCAGCCCAGGCAUGAUGGCAGUGUUGCUGAACCUCCAGCAAUCAGGGAGUGGUUUGUCUACCCCGGAAACCCUUUGAAUAAACCGGAGUUGGUCCACCCCAUUGCAGUCAGCCUCCCAUGCGAUCAGCCCAGUCUGGACCUGUUGUGGUUCAGCACUGGUCCUGAGGUUUCUGCUCUUCGUCUAGCGUCCUUCUUCUAAAUUUUUGACUGCCAGGAGUUUUCAGAGUUGUAUGGCACUAUCGACAACUCUCUUCUGGCUGCUCUGUGUCUGGUCACCUACAUAGCCCUUCAGGUACCAGCUCUGUCUUUAGAGGAUGUGGAUGCUUACCUGAGCCAGGCUGUGUGUCUCAGACUAAAAUCCCCUCAGGAGCUUCAGCAAAUCAAGCUGCCUUUCCUCUCCAGUCGGGCGGUGCAGCUGGGAUCUCUCUAUGUACGAGGACUGAGCCACCUGCUGGGUGCGAACUCUGCCAGUGGCUGCCCGCUGCCCAGUGCUGCCCUGCUGCCUUGGCACAGCUUCGACGGACGGCUGUUCCACUCAAAGUACCUGCUGGCACACAGUGGCACAGAAGACACUGUGCUGCUGGACAGUGAUUCUGCUAGUCUGUCUCUGUUUCUCCACCUGAGAGACAAACUUACAGAAGCCUGCAGGAGGGGAAGAAGAGUCCUGCGAUCCAGACCCAACCCAGAAACCAAAUACAGAGACAGACACACAGGUGGUGGCGAGAGCUGGAGGGAGGCAUCAGGAGGUCAUCAAAGCAGAGGGGGAUGGCAGGAGAGAGGGGAAGCAAGACAAGACCAACGUGAAUAUGAUAACCAAGAGCACAUGUGGGAAAGAGGAGGACACAGAGGACGGGGGAUGAGAGAAGGCCAACAUUCUCACCCUCAUUCUUAUACAUACGGAAAUGAUGGAGGUCUCCAGAACAUGAGUCCUCCUCAUAAACAGUCCAGAGGCCGAUCAUAUCGAAGCAGGGGGAGAUACCGGCUGGCUCCGAGAUGGUCGCAGCCUCCUGCUCCAGGAACAUAAACUCGACCCUGACAGAGAGGAGAGGAGGGGAGGAUUAGAGGGGAGGACUUGCGGAGUUAAGAGGAUGGGAAAGACGUGAUGAAAGGACUGAAGGAAUCAAAUUUCUCUGAACAAACUGAUUAGUGAAUUAUCUGUCAAGAAUAAUGUUUGUCUAAAGGAUGCAGUAGAUGGAAAAAUGGGGAUUAAGAGGAGGCAGAAAGAAGAGAUUAAGAAUACUUUGUGUUAUUUGUUAGUUUUAACUCUAAACGUGUCUUUUUAUACAUUGUUUUAAGUCAAUUAAAUGCCUCUCCUUCAUCUCAGGGAAACUACCUUUUCUCACUGUGACAGAAAUGAACAGUACGAAGGAGAAGUCACCAAACAAACACAUAAAUGCCCCACUUCAAACAUGCACUGAGAAGUGGAUUAAUGGUUAAUCCUCAAGCCUGUUUUCACCUCUUAUCUUUCUCAAUAAAAAGCAAA